GUGGCAAUUGGGCUGAGACAUUGGAUGGAAAAUAUUUGACUGUGACAGCCGCUGGGUACGUGGAAAAAGCAUUAUCAUGUGGGUACACGGGGUUGGUGAUGUUGCAUGGGAUUUUGAAUAGGUCAAGCGUGGAAACAGCCUGGAAACCAACUUUACUAGCCAACUAUCACCCUAGUUACUAUGGGAUGAUGGUUGCUUCGUUUGAAUAUCCCGACAUCGUGCUGUAUAGUUAAAUACAAGUAUUUAUAACGAUCAUGAUGACAAAAAUAUUUGUAUUUUAUUAAAUAAAAAUACAUCUAGUUCUACAAAGCCUUGAUUGUACUAAAAAUAACAGAAGUUUGUGUGCACAUUCGAUCUUCACUAUCUGUGGCUGUCUUUAGGUCUAACUUAAAGACUUAGUCUUUAAUCAAGUCUUCAUUCGUUAUUGCUUAUCUUUUUAAUAAUUGUUGCAUUAUUUAUUAAUGAAUCCGAACUUUGCCACUGCUUCUUUUGAUUCGUUUACUUGUUCUGUGCUUGGGUUUGCCAUUGAUCAUGACUGCCUGUGGGUUGUGAGGUGCUUAAGUAUGUGAGGUGCAGCGCUUCGUAUCUGAAAAGAAAGGUUAUUUAAUAAUGAUUUGGAUUGGAUUGAGGCAGAAAUUGCAUUUUCGGCAUUUGGAUCAAUAUUUUGUUACAAUAGAUAUAAAAGUAAGAGGACGGCAAGUGCCGUUUACAAAGUCUUUCCUUACCCCUACUGACUUAAUUACCUUUUUCGGGGGUGAGAGAGUAGACCUACGUCGCAUGCAUGCCCAGAGUAAAAACGUGCCCCAAUAUUGGUUGACGUUGCCUCUCGGGGGAAUUUUGAACAAGUAAUAUUUAAUAUUCAAAAACUGAUCAACUAAGAAUGAUACUUUCUAGAAGUUUAACCAAGUUACAAGGAAGACAUUAUUAAAUUUUGGUGACGGAUUCGGGUGUAAAUUUGAUGGUCAAUUAAAAUUCUAAUAUCGCAAACCCAAAUAUCUCGAAAAACUUACCAAUAGAUUUAAAUAAAACUUUUGAGAAUUGUUUGUCAUGGUCCAAUACAGAAAUAAGUAAAUUUUGGUGACGAUUCGAAGCAGGAUGUGGAUCAUUCAAAUGAAAACCUCCCAGACCAUACUGUAUACAAAAAACUGGUCGACUGAUCUGAAAAAAAAAAUUCGGGAAGUUUAUAAGAUCUGUGGUUUAACCAACUUAAAAGAAAUAAACACAACAACAAGCAACAUCACUCUCAACAAUCUAAACAUUCUAUUAAUGUUCUACUCCAGUAGAAUUACUCUUUUCUUCUCACCUGGUUGGGAUCAAUAAGUCUUUAGGAUCACGCAAAAACACAUUUUGACGGGUACUCUGUAUUGUAGUGAAGUUGAGUUUAUUUGAGUAUAAUACGUAGGCCUAUCCAUUUGACACUAAAAUAAUUAAACGCCUCCCUUGAAUAAUGCCUCGAAUAAACGACCUUUCAUAAACUUCUCAACAAUAAACACCCCGAGGCGUUUAUUCGAAUAAAUAUGGCAUUUCUUGUAUAUUGUGAAUUUGUAUUCUUUUCUAUUUUAUUGUAAUGCCCUUUGAACAUAUUUUAAUGGAAAUUGUGCAAUAUAAAUUACAUAAAUUUAGUAUUUUUUAAUAACUGUCUUGGAUCAAUUAUUCAUGAGUCGUGGUAAUAGGUCUGUGUUGUUGUCAACAGUGGCGUGAAUGCCUGGGUCCCGGAUUCGCAGCCAAAAGGGCCCGAGCUCUUUUGCUACUACCCAGUACAGUAAUAUAGAGUCUUGACUGAUCUUUUCAACCAUGAAAUUAGGUAGUCAGAUUACUCAACUCACUAAGUCAUGGUUAGCAAAAUACAGUAGGGUCCCCUACUUGUGCAUAUUAUUCUAAAACAAUCAGAGCACGAUGCCAUUGAGGGCGACACCAGUUGUGUCACAUGAUCGAUCAGUUGUUGUCACAUGAUCGAUCAGGCGUAUCCUGAUGUUUACGUCCGAGAGUCUUCUACGUAAUGAGAAGUACUUUUAAUUUCACAGUAAUGGGAAAUUUAGCAGGUCUAAUAUUUGCACUCGCUUCGCUAGCCGUGUCUUCUACCCUUGCAACCUCAUCUAGGCCACAUGUUAUACUGAUUUUAGCUGACGACUACGGGUUUCAUGACAUCGGUUAUCACGGUUCGAAAAUCAAAACACCGGUUUUAGAUAAGUUGGCUGGUGAGGGUGUGAAGUUGGAGAAAUAUUAUGUCCAGCCGAUAUGCACCCCAACGAGGAGUCAACUUAUGACGGGCAGAUAUCAGAUUCAUACAGGCUUGCAACAUAGUGUAAUACACCCAUGGGUUCCAAACUCACUACCACUUGAUGAGACGACACUUCCUCAAAAGCUGAAGGAAUAUGGUUAUGCGACACACAUGGUUGGAAAAUGGCAUCUAGGAUUCUAUAAGGAAGAAUGCGUUCCACAUAAACGGGGUUUUGAUUCUUUUUUUGGAUAUUAUAAUGGACAAGAAGAUUAUUUAACCCACAUCAGGGCGGGCGGUUUUGAUUUCCGUGAUAACGACAACUUAGCGACAAACUAUAACAACACAUAUUCCAGUUUUGUGUUUGCAGAGCAUGCAAAGAAAGUUAUUCUUGGUCAUAACAAAAGCCAGCCUUUGUUCCUAUACAUUCCGUUUCAAGCAGUACACGCUCCCCUUGAAGCCCCAGCCAGCUACAUAGAGCCGUACAAAACCAUUUUCCCCGCCAACAAAUCACGUCAGAUAUAUGCUGGAAUGGCUGCAUGUAUGGAUGAAGCCAUUGGAAACAUAACUGCUACACUAAAAUCAACUGGAUUAUAUGACAAUAGUGUUAUAAUAUUUUCUACUGACAAUGGAGGAAUAAUACAGCAAGGUGGUAACAAUUGGCCUCUGCGUGGUUGGAAAAAUACUCUAUGGGAAGGGGGUGUCCGUGCUGUUGGUUUUGUUCACAGUCCUCUCCUUCCAAAGCAAGUACUGGGUACAGUUAACCACCAGCUUAUACAUGUCAGUGACUGGUUCCCAACCAUUGUUGAGGGCUUGGCUAAGGGGGAUACUAAAGGCACCAAGCCCCUUGAUGGCUACAAUGUUUGGCCUUGUAUAAGUGAAAACAAAGCUUCUCCACGUAACGAAAUCCUACACAACAUUGAUCCUCUAACGGUGAUUCACCAAGGAAAGCGAUGGAAAAACAGCACAUUUGAUGUUCGAGUUCGAGCUGCCCUUAGGUCAGGAGACUGGAAGAUUCUCACCGGAGUUUAUGGAUCGGUUAACUGGAUAGCACCACCAAGUUCUGGUAUAGUUCCAUUUUAUCCAAAUGUGGUCAAAGAUCAAGUGGUGUUCUUAUUCAACAUAACUGCUGACCCGAACGAAUACAAUGACCUGUCAGGCAAAUAUCCUGAAGUCGUUGAUAGCAUGCUUGAGAAAUUGGCGAAUUAUAACAAAACUGCUGUGCCCUGUGUUUAUCCAUUGCCAGACCCUAAGUCAGACCCAAGAUUUCAUGGAGGAGUUUGGGGUCCAUGGCGGUAGGAAUCAUUAUAAAGAAGUUUCGUGAAAAUGAGUUGGAGACUCAUAGAAACUGGCAAGACCAAUUACUUAUCUCUUUUUUUAAAAAUUCAUCUUUCUAACCAAACAUUUAAAUAUAAUCUACAAUACGUUUACACAGGCAUUUCGCGGUUAAUAAUUUUUUAAAAUUGACCUAGUAUAGCAGCUUGAGUCUUCCAAUCCUCCCUCUCCAAAUCGCUAACUUUUGUUGACUAUUUCUUUAUUUUCGCAUUUCGUUUGUCAUCGUUUACACAAUGUAUAACUCUUCUGAAAAUAAACAUAAUAAAUACAAUUUGUACAAUUUUAAUGUAUAAUAAGUACAAGUUAUACUCUUUCAAAUAAAUGGUUUUGUUGGGUUGUUUACUACUGUAUAACAUUUGGUUUAAACCCUGAAUAUAUGUGUAUAUAAAUUAGGCAUUAAUGACAUGGUAAAGAGCACGAUACUAUGUAUACAAUGUUCCCAACGAUAAUACUUCAACUGUGUGUGGUUUAGAU